UUUGUUGUCUCUUUUUGUUAGAAUCUGCAGUGAAUGCGUAAUUCAUUGUAAAAAGUGGGGAGUUCUUAAUCUUUAAGGGGUAUUUCGACCACAGCUGAGCAUAAAGUUAACUUUUGUCGUCGUUCUCAUUGGAAAAGUAGGUCCGCGUAAAGGGAAUCAACCAAAUGGAAUGAAAAGAUUGCUCUUAAUGGGACCACCUGGCCUCCGGAACAACCUUUGAUUCGUUUUCAUUCAUUUUCCGGGAUGACUCAUUCUGGUUUUUAAAAGACACAUAUUGCGAAGAAGCGAGCCUGUAGCGAAAGGGCAACUGCCCCACCAUACCACAACAAAACAACGCGAUUGGUUAUCUUUGUUGAAAGAUGUUUUCCUUCUUCAAGAGCAAAAAACCCAGCCCCGAUCAAACGCCGAGUGAGCCGAUUCCGGGCCCGAUUCCUUCACCGCCGCGUGAGGACAGUUUCAUCUUCAUCGAGCGGCGCCCAAUACCGAACAGCGGAGGCGGCCCCGUUGGAGAGUCCAGCAUUGGCCCCGUGGGUGCUGUCGGCCCAACGGGACAGGAUACACCAGCGGCCAGUUCCACUGUCAUGCGGCACCGAAGCGAGGAAAAGGUUGGUCACUACGCACUGCACGGUGUACCCUUCCGGCUAGGUACCGAGAUCGAUCCGUCCUACGCAGAUCCGGAAAUGACUCGCCUUCAGGUGACGGAAAUACUGACCUUCAUCGGUCGGGCGUCCGCUAUGAAGCACGGAAUUCCGGUUGACUACGAUUUCGCACUGGAGCGGAGCGUGCUACUGGAAUGAAAAAGGAACCCAGAUACUCGCAAAGUAAAUUGUGCGUCAUAGGAAGGAAAAUGUCAAAUGUUUAUGCUGCUUCUUACCGAUUCGAAACAUGUAACUAGACCAUUAAAUUAUGCAAAAAAUGGUGUCAUUGUUACCCAAAAAAAAUGUACCAGUGAUCGAAUGAAACGUAAUAUACGAUUGACGAACAGCCGAA